AAUUCCCUAUCAACCUUAUGCUUUUCUAAGCAACGGUUGUUUGAUUCGGAGCAAUGUCCUACCGCCGAUUGUUUGACAGUUGUCACUUGCGGAUGUUUGGCGCUUGUGGUUCAUAAUUUCGCGGAAACCUUGUCUGGGAAAAUAUUUGUAAAUCAUCUGGAACAGCAAUUAACCUGAAGAGAUUUUGUGUAGAUUGUUACGCAUUUAAGUACUGUGAACAAUUGUAUUAUUCGUACAUUCCCGUAAAGAUACUACACAUUCAAGAUGGAGCAAAAGGAAGACCAGGACACAUCGUACGUUACCAUGGCGGAUAUUUUGCAAGAGCAGGAAGAGCUCGAAGAAACAUCUCGGGCAGUUCUCGGUGGGUCAGAUGAAAAGAAUUGCACCUACACUAAGGGAUACGUUGGUCGGCAAGCGCUGUACGCUUGUUUGACCUGCGUGCCGGAGGCGCGGGGCGUAGAAUCGAAGCGUAGUGCCAUUUGUUUGGCCUGUUCGCUGCAGUGCCACGACAACCAUGAACUGUUGGAGCUGUACACCAAGCGGAACUUUCGCUGCGAUUGCGGUGGCAAACGAAUGCCGGAGGUGAAGUGCAAGCUGGAACCAAGAAAGGAGGAAGAAAAUAGCCGCAAUCGGUAUAACCAAAACUUCUCCGGUCUGUAUUGCGUCUGUCACCGACCGUAUCCGGAUCCGGAGAAUGAUGAGGAAGACGAAAUGAUUCAGUGCAUCGUCUGCGAGGAUUGGUACCACUUGAGACAUCUGGAUGUGGAUGAGUUAAAGAAUGCGAAGGAUUAUGCGGAAAUGGUAUGCGGCGGUUGUAUGGAGGCUAAUCCGUUUCUGAAGAAUUACGUCGGUAAGAUAGAGGACACUAGCAAAACGGUGCUAGAUGAUACGGUUCAGGUGGAUGUAACCGGUUUGGAUGAGUCGAAUACAACGGCCCAAGCUGAUCCGGAUGUAGCGGGUCCGAGUGAACCUAAGCAGCGACGAUUGGACGACGCAAAGGUUCCGGAGGAAGAGCCUAAGAAGGAAAAACCAACCGUGUCAUUGGACAUUUGCACCAUGCCACCUGUCGCUACCGAAGAGGGUGAGAAAUCGUACAAGAAAGGAGCAUCAUUUUGGGUUGAAGGUUGGCGAAAGUUUCUCUGCCAGUGUAAGUCAUGCGUCGAGCUGUACAAGAAGCACGAAGUUGAGUACUUACUGAACGAAAAAGACACAGUCAAACAUUACGAAGAAGUUGGCAAGCAAAAGCAUGGCACGAACGGAACGGCGUACGAACAGGGUAUGCAAAUGUUGGGCCAACUGGAUCGUGGCACACAGGUUGAUAUGCUUACCGAGUACAACCGUAUGACGAGCAGAUUGCGCGAGUUCCUAGAUCAGUUCGUGGCAAACCAGCAAGUGGUGACGCGUGACGAUAUUAACGAGUUUUUCGCCAAACUAAACAAGGAGCGUCGUGAGACGGCCAGCAAUGGUCCGCCACCUUAUUUCUGUCGUUAAGUAUUGUUAGAAAACAAGCAAAACACAUUUCCAAAACUUUUCUCUCAUAUGUAUUAUCGCGCCACUUACUCUCAUUGGCUUAACAAUUAAAAAAAGUCUACUCACAAAUAAAGGUCAUAGUUUGUACAAACAAAA